AUGGCCCUGGUGAACCUCUUGCUCUGUUGCUACAAAGAGGUCCCAGCAGUCCUCUCCUUUGCCAGCACCAGUGUUUUUGGUGAGAGGGGGUACCGCAUCGUCCUCUACACGUAUCACAUGCUGAGGCUGAUCAGCAUCUGGUCUGUGGAGAAUCUAAGUUUCCUCCACUUGAUAAAGAUCCACAGACCUAACCAUCCCUGGUCCAAGUUCAUCUACAGGCACCAAGGGCAGUAUGUGAACAGCAUCCUUGCUGGCUGCUGGAUCUUCAGCAUCGUCUUCCAAUUGCCCUACCUUCAGUACAACACAACAGCAGAGAGCAUAAGUAAUGAAACCAUUGCAUGCUUGGCUACCAGCACUCGCUUAAGUUCUCCAGGGAGUUUCACCAUGAAGUUCACCACCUACGCAUCCAUCACCCUGGAUCUCAUCUUCAUCAUCCUUGUGAUAGUCCUGAAUGGAUUCAUCAUUGACCUCCUCUGGAGGCAAAGGAGAAAGACAAGGGCUGCCUCCACCACAGGGAGCACCUGGAACAAGCACACGGCUCAGGCGACCAAAAUCUUGCUCUCGCUGCUCUCCGUUUACGUUGUCUGCUGGCUCUCCAACAACAUCACCUGGAUUGCUCUUGUUUCAGGACUCCUUAAGCACAACUUUGAGAACAGCAUCCUCAGAGGUUGCUACGGAGUGCUGUCCUGCAUCGAUUACUCAUCCAGUUCCUAUGUCAUCGUGUUUGGCUACAAGAAAGUCAGACAAUACCUCACUGAAGCCUGCUGGUGCCUGAGAUGUGAGAAGCCUACCAUUGUCCAGAGCACGGAGGUGUAA